AUGACGAAAUCCAGUAUGUCAUUUGAAGAUCGUCGUGUAUGUCGACCAUUUUUAUUAAAUUGUUGUCCACAUGAAAUUCUAGCUGGAACAAGAGUGGAUUUAGGUGAAUGUGCAAAAGUACAUGAAUAUGCUUUACGUGCUGAUUAUGAACGAGCAGCAGCAAUACGUAAUUUAUAUUAUGAAAUUGAUGCAUUAGAAGUAUUAAAUCAAUUUGUUGCUGAAGCUGAUCGAAAAACUGAACAUGCAAAACGAAAACUUCGUGAAACACAAGAAGAAUUAGGUGAAGAAGCUGCACGAAAAAUGAAUUCAAUUCAUGAGUUAGGUGAACAAAUUGGUACAAAAUUAGCUAAAGCCGAAGAAUUAGGUGCUCAAGGUUUAGUUGAUGAAUCAAUGAAAUUAUUAGAUGAAGUUGAAGAAUUACGAAAAGCUAAAUCAGAUGCUGAACAAGAAUUUCGUGCAACAAUGCCAGCAUCAACAUAUCAACAACAAAAAUUACGUGUUUGUGAAGUAUGUUCAGCGUAUUUAGGUAUACAUGAUAAUGAUCGUCGUUUGGCUGAUCAUUUUGGUGGAAAAUUACAUUUGGGUUUUAUACAAAUACGUGAAAAAUUAGCUGAUUUAAAAAAACGUGUCAGUGAAUUUAAUGAAAAACGUGAAUUAGAAAGAAAAAUGCGUCGAAAUUCACCAUCAUCAAGAAAUGACCGUGAAGAAAGAGAUGGAAAUGAUCCGUAUAAUCGAGAUAAUCGUACAUCACAACGCAGUCGAAGUCGUAGUCGAUCGAAAAAAGUUUCGAGUAGAGAUAAAGAUCGACGACGAUCACGAUCAAGAUCUGGACAUCGUUCAUCAAAACAUUCACGUAGUUAUCGAUCGUCGCGUUCACGUUCACGAGAUAGAAGACGUCACAAACGUUCUCGAUCACGUUCUGGUUCGUCACGUCGUCAUCGUCGUUCUCGAUCUCGAACACCAUCAUCACGACGACAUCAUCGUCAUCGACAUGAUUCUCGAUCACCUGUACAUUCAUCAUCAAAUUCCAAACAAAAUGGUAAUAAUGAUAAUAAUCGUCGUACAGAUUCAACUACUACUACAACACAUGUUGAUGAUGAUGAAGAAACAACACGUAUCCUCGAAAAUAUUCAACGAAAGUUCGAUUUCGAAUUUCGUCUUACUUGUUAUUUAUUUAUUUGGUUAUCAAUUGCUCUUCUUACUAUUUUUCUUGCUUGGUAUCGUUACGGUUAUAGUAUCAUUCAACAAUUAUCUAAAACACCUUCAAAUCUUGAAACACAUGGUCGAUCACAUAUUCCAUUUGUUGAAUCAGGUGAUUAUGAAAUCGAUGAUGGAACUGGUGGUGGUGCUGGUACUAGUGGCGGUGGUAAUGGUUCAACAACUACACUUGCACACGGUAAUAUAAUAUCAUUAAAUCGUCAAACACAUCAAUAUCAUGAUGAUUCAAUGUGGACAACAAAUGUACCUGCUAAACGUGGUCGACGUCCAAAAUCAACUGCUGUUGUUAUAACAACUACAGGACAAGCAAUAGAACCUAAACGACGUGGUCGAAAACCAAAACAACAAUUAUCAUUAACAAAUAAAUCUUUAUCAUCAAUAGAUAAUGAUACUGAAUCAAAUGAUAUUCUAUCAGAAUCUACAGAUGAUAUUAAUCAAAAUCACCAACGACGUUCAACAACAGGAAUAAAAUCAAAUAAAAGAAUUAAAAUGGAAGAACAACAACACAUAACAGGUACAUAA